UACUAAUCACUAUUUUACUCUAAUUCGACUAAAUUCUAUCUCUUAUUUAUUACUUACUUAGCUUGUGGUGGGUCGUGUCCCGCUCCAAUAUGACAUAGUUAAUCUUUAACCUAGACUUCAAUAAUAUUAAAGAAACCCUAACAAUACCGUUAUAAUGGAUAUAAAUAAGCUAGCGAGUGAAGAUCCACUAAUUAGGAUAGAACCGAAGAGGUUGGAUAACUCCACCAUCCGAUAUGUAACAUUUAAUGUCAAUGGAAUUAAAACCUUAUGCAAUUAUCAUCCAUGGAAUAAAAUAGAUCAAGAUUAUAAUGCUAUGUUUAACCUUUUAAAAGCAGAUAUAAUUACACUUCAAGAACUUAAAUUAUCCAAUUCGAAUAUUUCUACUAUUAAAAAUAUCGGACAUUUAACUAAUUAUAAAUCAUUUAUAACAUUACCUCGAAUUAAGCGAGGGUAUAGUGGAGUAGGACUCUUUAUAAGAAUUCCUAAAUCUCAUGAACCAUUAAGUGUUCAGAGAGCUUUAACAGUUAUUAAGGCUGAAGAAGGUUUAACUGGUUAUUUAAAAUCUUCUAAUGGUCAAAGUUAUCGAGAUUUACCUUCAGAUGAUCAUAUUGGAGGUUAUAGUAAUGAAUUAAAUGAAGAAAUGGGACUACAACUAGAUGAACAAGGUCGAUGUAUAGUAAUAGAAUUAGCAAAUAAUGUAGUUAUUUUUGCCUUAUAUUGUCCAGCUAAUUCUGGAGGAACUGAAGAAGGUGAGAUCUAUAGAAUUAAAUUUUUACAAACAUUAUUACAGAGAUGUCAUAAUUUAAAAUUUAAUUUAGGUAAAGAAGUAAUAAUAAUGGGAGAUAUCAAUGUAUGUCUUGAUCUCAUAGACAGUGCCGAAACAAUGGCCGAUAAAAUCAAACAGAAUUCAGUUAAACCAAUUGUAGGUACUGAUGGUUUAGCAUUUGAAUCCAUAAACUAUGAAGAAUGUCAAAAUUUCAAAAGAAUUUCUACUCAAGCAAGAGUACUAUUAAACAAAUAUACCAUACCUCAAAUUCAUUUCCAUAUGAAAGGUGAUACAUAUCCUAGUGAAGUUAAACAAUUAAGUUUUCUUUAUGAUACUACUAGAUAUAUAUUAGGACGUAAGAUGAAUAUCUAUACUGUAUGGAAUACUUUAACAAAUUCUCGAGCUGUAAAUUAUGGAUCUCGUAUAGAUUUAAUAUUAGCAAGUUCUUAUAAUAUGGUUAAAAAUAUUUCUAAUGCUAAUAUUUGGCCUUUCAUACUUGGCUCAGAUCAUUGUCCUGUAUUCACAGAUUUUGAUGUAUUUGAUAAAGAAGAUAAUGGUCAACCAAUACCUAUAGUAAAGAAAUUAGGAUUUGAAGCUAAAUACUUUCAUAAACUUACUCAAAUGAAAGAUAUAGCUCUGAUGUUUACGAGAGUUAAAUCUUCACCGUCUACUUCUAGUUUAAAUAGUACAGAUUCUUCAACUUCUACUCCUGAUCCUGAACCUCAAUCGCAACCUGAAGCUCAAAUAAAGAGACCAAAACUUCAAUAUGUUAGUAGAAAGAAACAGAAAACAUCAGUUGAAGAAUCUAAAAAGUCAAUUGCAAAUUACUUUCUGACUAAUAAAUAGUCAUCAUUGAAAAAGAAACUACUUUCUUCAUUAUUAUGGAUCUAUAAAUAUAAAAGUUAAUUCCUUAAAUACAUAUAAAAUCAAGAGAAUAUUUAACUUCAGAUUGUUUCUGUUAUACUAUUAUUUCAUCAUUUUUCUUUAUCGAAUUGAAGCU